AUGAAGACCCAACGUGUACGUCGGCGCAAACUGCGCUUUGGCGCGGCAACAAAAGACGCCGCGGCCCCCAUUGUGACUGUCGUGACAGUGGAGCGCGCCUCGAAGCACCUGACAAAGCGACGAAAGCGCCAGCAGCGCUCGCGUCAAGCACCCGCUUGUGUCGUGAACACCGCCCGAUGCACUCCACAUGACCGCAUUGACGGGACGUGGAGCCACAUCGAAGAGCAGUUUACUGCAGCAAAGAGUUUGGGCGACAUCACGCGCAUUGUGUUGCGGUUCUUCAAGGAGCACGAGGAUCUGCAGGGCGCUGCGUUCCCCAUUGUCGUUCCAUCGAGCGAGAUCUACCAGAUGAAGGUACCGAGAAAGAGACGGAUCUAUGACGUUUUGCACGUGCUGGAAGGCAUUGGGGUGAUCAAACGCGUUCGCUGUGACGAGACGCGAAGGACCAAGGGCGGCUAUUUUCUGUACUUUGGGAAGGCUGCAGUAGUGCAGCGUCUAGCGGAGAUGAAGGACAUCUCUGCUCAAGCAAUGAAAGCGUUUCGACGGUCCUACCGUCCACUGGCAACGAAUACGGUGGAAGAAGACUGCGCUGUCGUACGAGCCUUUGAGACACAGGCAGCAGCCGAGAGGUGGCCGUGUUUAGUAACAACGACGGUUUGCUUCCUGGGCCUGCUGUUCCAGCAAGAUUACCAGGUUGGUAUGACGUUGCCCGCUGUCAGCAGCCGUCUCAUUGAAGCCAAGAAGUUGCUUGCUGUAUUGGAACCGAGCUCGCCAUGGAUAGAGACUCCAUAUAACGAUGUGCACCGCCGCGUGUACGAUGUCAUGGCCGUGUUGGUCAGCUGCAACAUGAUCGACACGUCACUCGGGCUAUCGUGUGACCCGCGCGACAAGUGCUUUCCACGAAAGCACGCGCGGUUCAACUACAACGUCUUUACAAAUCCGGGAGUGCUGUUCGCCUUCCACGAUACUGGAGCACAGGGGAACGAUGACUUCACGUGUGAAGCCAAGUCUGACACAAGGAGCACCAGUGUUAGCAGCCCGGCACUGAGCGGAAUUGAAGACCGCUUGAUAUCUCCGCCAUCGGCGUACUGGCGAAGCGUACAGGUUGACGCAACGUUGGCUAUCUCACCCAUUUUUGCGUCAUCACCAGUCGGUGAAAUGUCUGAAGGACGAAACAAUGGCGAGAUGGCAAACCGGGAGCCGCUUUGUUAUGGUGACCGUGCGAAUGUGACGUUGCAGUUCAGUGCAACGUCAUCGUGUGUGAAGUCUGAAAGCACCACGAAAUGCCAACCGGAAGAGCAAUCAGCACCCCGUAUCCAAGACUUGUUUUCUCCUCUCGGUAAAAAGUCGGCUGAGGGUAACGAGUGGUACGAUGAUUCGCUCAAGCAGCUAGGGCGCUAUGAUGCCGGUCCAAUCGACUGGGACAUCACCAGACAGCUCAAGGAUUCCAAUCACGAAAACUGGGGAUCUACUGAUCCAGCUGCUAUCGCGCCUUUCGCGCCUGCCAAGACGUCGGAAUGGCGAUUUCUGGUUGACAACGUGGAGGUGCGAUUAGUGGACCUUUCGUUCAAUGAGGUCGAGGACGUAUCAACACACUCCAGAGGUUUCGUUUGCUGA